AUGAGUCGGACCACCUUUUUUGAGGUGAGGGUUCUGGAUGCCAAGACCAAAGAGCAGCUUUGUUUUUUAGAUAAGGUGGAUCCCCAUUCAACAAUAGGAGACAUCAAGAGCCUCUUUCACAAAUCAUAUCCUCACUGGUAUACAGCAAGACAGGCCCUGAUGCUCGAUGCCAAGGACAAAUCACUCAGAGACGAGGAAGUCUUACAGAAUCUACCUGUCGGGACGACCGCCACGAUGUACUUCAGAGAUCUUGGCCCACAGUUAGGUUGGACCAUGGUGUUUCUUGCCGAGUGCAUUGGGCCACUUCUCACCUACCUACUCUUCUAUUUUCGAGUCCCGUGCAUUUACUCACACAAGUAUGCCUUUACCUCCAGUCCUCAUCCUGUCGUCAGACUAGCCUUUGCCUGUCACACCUUCCACUAUAUGAAGAGGUUGAUAGAGACCAUCUUUGUGCAUCGUUUCUCCCAUGGGACCAUGCCUCUCGGGACAAUAGUCAGGAAUUGUGUCUAUUACUGGGGUUUCUCAGCUUGGUUGGCCUACUAUAUCAACCACCCUCUUUACACAACUCCAUCAUAUGGAGAACUACAAGUCAACUAUGCAUUAGUCCUAUUUGUGAUGUGUGAGCUGGGAAACUUCUCCAUUCACUUGACUCUUAAUAAUCUCAGAGGGGAUGGAUCCAGGGGCAGACGGUUUCCCGAGCCAACAAAGAACCCCUUCACGUGGCUAUUUUUCUUUGUAUCCUGUCCAAAUUACACAUACGAGGUUGGAGCUUGGGUGGGCUUUUCCAUUAUGACCCAAUGUCUGCCAGUGGUGUUUUACACAUUACUGGGGUUCAUUCAGAUGACCAUCUGGGCCAAAGGGAAGCACAGAGCCUACAGCAGAGAGUUCAAGCACUAUCCAAGCCUCCGGAUGGCCAUUAUCCCCCUGAUUCUCUGA